AUGAGAAAGGCCUCGCUACAACGGUGUCAUUCCUGACGAGCAGCCCGGUGCACGCCUCCAUCUCGUCACUGACUCCCCCCCGGGCUGCCGUGGGCCGGCCCGGCCUCCCCCGAGAGCAGCAAUGGUUCGUCGGGCAGGGCGGGACAGCGCUGAGUGCGCGGUUCCCUUCCGGGUUGCGGUGCGGGCGGGCGCUCUGUGGUUGCCCCUCCCCGCCGAAGCUCCGGCCCGUCGCGGGCGGGCGCAAUGCGCAGGCUCGGCCCUUGCCUCAAGAUGGCGGCGGUGGCGGAUAAACAGAAGCACGAGCACGGGCGGGUGAAAAUCGGGCAUUACAUCCUGGGGGACACGCUGGGCGUCGGCACCUUCGGGAAAGUCAAGGUUGGAAAACAUGAGCUAACUGGCCAUAAAGUUGCCGUGAAGAUCCUGAAUCGMCAGAAGAUUCGCAGCCUUGAUGUUGUAGGAAAAAUCCGCAGGGAGAUUCAGAACCUCAAACUCUUCAGGCAUCCUCAUAUAAUUAAGCUGUACCAGGUCAUCAGUACACCCACUGACAUUUUCAUGGUGAUGGAAUAUGUUUCAGGAGGAGAACUGUUUGAUUAUAUCUGUAAAAAUGGAAGGCUUGAUGAGAAGGAAAGUAGACGUCUGUUCCAGCAAAUCCUUUCUGGUGUGGAUUACUGUCACAGGCACAUGGUAGUACAUAGAGAUCUGAAGCCUGAAAAUGUGCUGCUUGAUGCACACAUGAAUGCCAAGAUAGCUGACUUUGGUCUAUCAAAUAUGAUGUCAGAUGGAGAAUUUUUAAGAACAAGCUGUGGUUCCCCUAACUAUGCUGCACCAGAAGUAAUUUCAGGAAGGUUAUAUGCAGGUCCAGAAGUAGAUAUUUGGAGCAGUGGAGUUAUUCUCUAYGCUUUGUUAUGUGGAACGCUUCCAUUUGAUGAUGAUCAUGUGCCAACCCUUUUUAAGAAGAUAUGUGAUGGUAUCUUUUAUACCCCUCAGUACCUGAAUCCGUCAGUAAUUAGUCUUUUGAAGCACAUGCUGCAAGUGGAUCCAAUGAAGAGAGCAACAAUCAGAGACAUCAGGGAACAUGAAUGGUUUAAGCAGGACCUUCCAAAAUACUUGUUUCCUGAAGACCCAUCAUAUAGUUCUACCAUGAUUGAUGAUGAAGCCUUAAAAGAAGUGUGUGAGAAGUUCGAAUGCACUGAAGAGGAAGUGCUAAGCUGUCUGUACAGCAGAAAUCAUCAGGACCCAUUAGCUGUUGCUUAUCACCUCAUUAUAGAUAAUAGAAGAAUAAUGAAUGAGGCCAAAGACUUCUACUUGGCUACAAGUCCACCGGAUUCUUUCCUGGAUGAUCACCACCUGUCUCGCCCUCACCCUGAACGAGUGCCAUUCUUAGUAGCUGAAGCACCUCGUCCUCGCCAUACUCUGGAUGAGCUGAAUCCACAGAAGUCCAAACACCAAGGUGUGAGACGGGCUAAAUGGCACCUGGGAAUACGGAGUCAGAGCCGACCAAAUGAUAUCAUGGCUGAAGUUUGUCGAGCAAUUAAACAAUUGGAUUAUGAAUGGAAGGUUGUAAAUCCAUAUUAUCUGCGUGUUCGGAGGAAGAAUCCAGUAACAAGUGCAUAUUCCAAAAUGAGUCUACAGUUGUAUCAGGUGGACAGCAGAACAUACUUACUGGACUUCCGUAGUAUUGAUGAUGAGAUCACUGAAGCGAAGUCUGGGACUGCAACUCCACAGAGAUCAGGUUCUGUGAGCAACUACAGAUCUUGUCAAAAAGAUUCUGAUGCUGAUGCUCAAGGAAAAUCUGCAGAUACAUCCCUUACCUCAUCAGUGAACUCUUCGCUUGAUUCUUCUACAGCUGAUGUAACUCCAAGACCAGGGAGUCAUACAAUAGAGUUUUUUGAGAUGUGUGCAAAUCUUAUUAAAAUACUUGCACAAUAAUUUUGAAGAUGGGCUUAUUUCUUUUACAGCAAUAAGCAUGCCUAAAUCAUAGUCAGAUGCUUCCAAUUAUAAUCAAGUUAAAUUAACUUUAAGGCGCUGAAAAAGCUAGCCACAAAAUGCAACUUGCAUGGGGAUUAAAAUUACUAUGGACAGUUAACAUAUAUUACUUUGAAGCUGGAGUGAAUUCUCGUUGCCUGCUGUCCAAUAGYAUAACACAGCUAUAGGAAAUAAUAUGGCCUUUGGGUAGUGUUUGUAACAUUUUACCUUGAGUGCAAAAUAGGCUGCCUAUAACAUUUAAGCUAGAUGGACCUCCUUGUUCUUUUCUUUGUUUAUACAUAUAUCUGAUGCACUGUGAGUAAACCUACACGUACUAGUUUAGUGAUCUCAGUAUGACUUGUUGGUCAUCCUCUACACCUGUGACUCAGAACUAUCKCUCAGCAGUAAUGUGUUAAAACUGCUUUAUUUCUUUCCCUUAUUUGACAGUAAAUAAUAAAGAAUACUUUGCAUUGCGAUGUACUACUUUUAACAAAAAAUGGUAUUAAAUGCCUGCAAAUCCAGCCAGUUGGUAAUGCAUGUAUGUGCUCUGUAAUACACUGAAAGURAAAAUUCUAGGGGCAGUGAGUAAAAUGAUUGAGUCUGUAACAAUGUUGAGAGACUUAAUGCUGAGAAAACUUGGUGUCCCAUGGGUUAAACCAUGUUGCUUGUGGAGAAAAUGUGAGGWAGCUCCUCAUCUGUGCAGUAGAAGCCCGUCAUGCUUCUACUGUGGUAGAAGCACAGCAGCUCCCCACUGCUACUGUAGGCUGAGAAUCCUUGUCCUUAGAAACAUGUCCCUGUAGUUAAGAGCGAAGCCUGAGGGCUGUUUCUUACUGUUCCAGAAUCUGAAAUUGACCGUUUUUAACAUAAUAUAUUAAUACUUUGAUACAGCUAGUUAUACUAUAUAAUAUUCAAUUGAAGUGAAAACKACAUACAGAGGUUUCUAGUUUUUCCAAGGCCACCUUUAUAGAAGACUUYGCUGUUUACUGUAACUGUGAAUGAAACAGCCUAAUUUUUCAGUUGAUCAUGACAAAUGCUAAUAUUGAAAAAGUUUUCAAUAGUAGAUUGGAAUUACCCGGACUAAAAAUYCUUCCGUACUUAGGGUUUUGGUAGCAUUUCUGGAAAGAAAUUGAACCUUAUAUGUUAAAAUCACAGGUACUACUUGUAUGAAAACCUUAGGUCCCUUGUAAAUGGACAUAAUUAACCAUGGUUUCAUUUUCAUGUAGCACUUAGUAAACAUAAACAGUCAUAAAAUGCUUCGUUUUGCAUUCAUGACUGAAUAUUUGCUUCAAAAUAAUCUUGAUGACCUACAUAGUUUCAAAGGUUGCUCCUCCAGGAAGAGGCUGGAAAUCCAGGCAUUGCUAUGAACAGUGAAACCUGGACUGUUCACGUGGAUGGAAAUUCUUGCCAAUGGCUGAGAUUUUAUCCAUGUGAAACUGCUAGCUAAGAUAGAAGAAGAGUUUAAAUCCUGGCCAGCUGGCCUCAGUCCAGAAAUUCACAUUCACAGAUAUCUGAARAAACAUAAAGCUGCUUUUAAGCCCCAAAAAUGCUGUAASUGUGUUCUGAACURGGUGAUUGUGAGGUCUGUCUAGURGGCAGUACAAAUUACGACUUCAUUUCUUUAUCCUUAAGUGUCACAGAUAGUCCCUGUAGGGACAUUGGCUGUAUCACUGUACCUUAAAGUGGAAGAUUUUCCAAAGUGAAAGUUAUUGGAAAUUUAAACCCAAAACUCUUAAGAUGCCAACAUGAGGGACCAGCUGCAAAUCCUACAACAAAGUCCUGUCUUUAGUCUUGUAAGAAUUGGAACUGAUGUACUGAAUAAAUCAAUGUGUUUAUUUUUGUUACCCUUUAUUUUGAAAUUAUGAAGUAUUGCACUUGUAUAAACACUACAAACGCACAGGUUUUUAAAAUGUAGUAAUUCCUCWUCUGGAAUUGAUUUGGGAUCACUUGCAUAUAUGAAACUAUUUAUAAAUGCUAUCUGCUCCUUGUAAUGCUGAYAAUGCGUGCAAAGUGUAAAGAUGCAAAAUAGUUUUUAAUUUUUAUAUACCUUUUCAGCCCUUUUGUGCAUUAAGACAACCCUGGUUUGUCCUUAGUUUUGGUAUCAGGAGGUUAAAGCAAGUUUCUGGCAGAAGUGUACAAUAUGUGUAGUUUUAAAUAAAAGUACAUUUUUAUUGUUAUGGUA